UUUACCAUUAUUGAAAAUGGCUCUGGUGAUAUAUGUAAAAGCCUUUAUCUCGUGAGGUGAGAGUCCCUCGAACACAAAUGGAGCACAUGUUGCCCGGUUAUUUAGGUAAAAAAAUCGCGAUGCAGAGUUUGGGCUAAGGGCAUGGCGGCACCCGCUAAUUGAGGGUUCGAAUCCAGAUUAUGGUCGUAGGUUUGUCAGCAAGACAGUGGUAAAGAUCUGAAGCCUGCAUCAAUUCGGCUUUUCCUCCCACAUAUAGUUAACACGCUGUAAUAGCACAGGAAUAUUGUUAAACGAGGCAUUCAACACGCGCACCCAGCCUAAAGGCUAACCAGGUCGGCUAUUACGUAGCGAAACUUAGAACAAUAUCGAGAGAUAUGGUUAACGUCCGUGUUCCCGUCCGAUGCAGUUGUGAAAAUACAGCACAAAAAGAUUCACGAUAUCUAACACCAUGGUUCAAGCUGACACCUAAAGGAAACACAGUAGUGGAAGUACGGCUUGACGCAUGUUCCUCGAUCAGGCUUCAGCUGGGUAUCUACACUGGUGGAACAGGCAAGAUGCAGGCAGAUGAAAACUCGACAUUCCAUUCUUCUUGCCACCCUGCAAGUUGGUCUUCAGCAGCGUCAAGCUGCGAGGAGACACAUGGCACGAUCUUCAGUAUCUAUGACUUGAGAACACGUCGAGGUGGACAGGAGGUGCAGGAUGCCCUGAGAGACCACGGGGAACUUUGGAUUCAGAACAACUGGACGGACUGGUCAAAUACAACAAACGGAUAUGACUGUGCUACUAUAGUCAACGGAAGCAUUACCUUUACACAGACCAACUGCAGCGCGUUACGACACUACCUGUGUAUUUCCAAUGACACUUGGCGAGGAAAUGGUUCACAAUGUGUCCAAACUACAACCAUGCCAUGGAUAUUUGAGUCUUCGACAUUUAAUCAAACAUCCCCUACACCACCAGCUGCAGACACAUCACCAAGCGUCACCAUGGUGUGUGUCCUUGUAGGGAUGUUGCUGUUUGCCAUAGCCGUCAUCAGUGUUGUCAUCAUUAAGAUGAGAAAGAGAAGGUUUCUUCACAACACGUCUUCCAUGAAUGCAAGCUUAACCACAGUGUCUUCAGUACCGGAAUAUGAUCCUGAUCUGCAACCUGAAAGUCCGAUGAUUUUCUACACCGGUUCCUCCUUCGGAGAGAAUAUGUACACCGCAGCAGUUGACCAAAUACAAGCAGACUACUAUAACAUGAUAGACGACUUCACCACGGACCAGCAACCGUCAAUGAGCCUCACGUCAAGCAUCCCGACGACUGCAAGGGUGCAAGGUCCAUGCGCAUAUCCAUCUGAUCGCAAGUGCGGAGAGUCAUCAAAUAGCUAUUACGAGAUACAGGGUGACAGGUCCACAAAGUGCACGGAUUCCUCAUGUUAUAAAGGAGAAGGGCGUCAGUCCGUGCUGUCAACGUCUGGCUUGUACUCCGAAAUAGACGACAACGGAACGGACACCGACAUCAGAGGCGUUCAGCCGGAUCACUACGCCUAUUUACACGCAUUGAACCGUGCCUCGGAAGCACCAUCUCUGACAAACAGCGGUAUCUACGAUAUUCCGAAUGAUCCUGCUACCGACUCUCACGAUAGAAGACAGUUGGUAAGUGGCGAGUACGCUGUUCCGUACGCCUGUUCAGAUGGCCUCAACACAAACCUACAUCUUCCAGAGUCGCUUGAUGACAAGUGUACCCAACAAUCUGCAAGGAGUUCCUUGUUAUCACGUUGUUCGACGGAACCUAAUCAUUAUGACACACCGAAUGACCUUUAAAUCGCCGUAAGCAGGAAGGUCAAACAUUGCCUGAAACAGUAUACUAUUCCCUUAUACGCCUAUGAUUUGUUGGGUAAUGUGUAUAAUUGAAAAUGUAUGUAUGUAAA